AAAAUUCCACCCACGACCCCAACCCCGUAAAUUCAACAGCGAUUAAAAAAAACGGCAAAAGAAUUGCGUAUAAUACCACGCUGUGUAUAUAUAUAGUCUGAUCCUAGUCAGUGGUCAAGGCUCUUCUCCUCAAUUUCUACGGUUGCAAUAGUUUCUUGUGUGCAAGAAUUUGAUUGAAACGAUGUCGGGCAGUAUACUGGUAACCGGUGGAGCAGGGUACAUUGGGAGUCAUACAGUGCUGCAAUUGCUGCUAGGCGGGUAUAAGGCUGUGUUGGUUGACAAUUUGGACAAUUCUUCCGAUAUUGCCGUCCAGAGAGUCCGGGAACUCGCCGGUGAAUAUGGCGCCAACCUCACCUUUCACCAGAUGGAUCUUCGUGAUAAGCCCGCGCUUGAAAAGCUUUUUGCUUCUCAAAAGUUUGAUGCUGUUAUUCAUUUUGCCGGUUUAAAAGCUGUUGGAGAAAGUGUCCAGAAACCUUUGCUGUAUUAUAAUAAUAACCUCAUUGGAACAAUUGUUCUUCUAGAAGUUAUGGCUGCACAUGGAUGUAAAAAACUUGUAUUUUCAUCAUCAGCUACUGUUUAUGGUUGGCCAAAAGUUGUACCUUGCACAGAGGAAUUUCCCACAAGUGCUAUGAAUCCCUAUGGACGAACAAAGCUUUUCAUUGAAGAAAUAUGUCGCGAUAUGUAUAGCUCCGACUCUGAAUGGAAAAUCAUAUUGUUGAGGUACUUCAAUCCAGUUGGUGCACAUCCUAGUGGCUAUAUUGGUGAAGAUCCACGUGGAAUUCCAAAUAAUCUCAUGCCAUUUGUGCAACAAGUAGCUGUUGGCAGGAGACCUGCUCUGACAGUUUUUGGAUCUGACUAUGCAACUAAAGAUGGCACAGGGGUACGUGAUUAUAUCCAUGUUGUGGAUUUAGCAGAUGGCCAUAUUGCUGCUUUGAGCAAGCUAUCUGAUCCUUCAAUAGGCUGUGAGGUAUACAAUCUGGGGACAGGGAAGGGUACAUCAGUCUUGGAAAUGGUAGCUGCAUUUGAGAAGGCAUCUGGAAAGAAAAUCCCUCUGGUGAUGGCUGGUCGACGACCUGGUGAUGCUGAGGUUGUAUAUGCUUCAACAGAUAAAGCUGAGCACGAGUUGAACUGGAAGGCAAAAUAUGGCAUCAAUGAGAUGUGCAGAGACCAGUGGAACUGGGCGAGCAAGAACCCAUAUGGUUAUGAGAGUCAGGCGUCUACCAAUUAACUGUGGAACUGUGUCUUACUCCCUUGACUACGUUGUUUUCUUUUUGGUUGUCACCAGUCCUGCUGUUUUCUUAUGUCCAUGGCUGCUAAUUUGCCACCUUUUGGACUUAAAAUUCCUGGAAAGUUUUGAGUCGGGUGGGCUUGGCUAAAUUGCAAAUUGAAUACAAGACAAGACUUGUUGUGAGAAGUACUCUUGCACAUUGAAUCAGUUUCGGUUACAGUUCAAUCAAUUUUCAUUUAUGUACACGUUAUUUUUCUAUAUAAUAAAAUAAUUGUAUCUUCCUCUCGGCU